GAUGAUUAUUGAAGAAUACCUAUUACCCAUGGAUUGAUCGUCACUGUGGAAAGCGAAAUACGACUAUCUAGACCAAACGCAAUUUAUCCGCAAGUAAAAGCUAUGAAGAUAACAGCUCGAGACGGCAACAAUUGUGCAGGAAAAUUAUGUUCGAAUAACCCAAAUACAUGUGCAAGAGCUCUUGAGAUACCAGAUAUAAAAUGGUGUCGCUUCAGUCCGUAUGAGAAACUGUGUAUCAAUCUGCUUUCUACCGGUUAUCAUGAGACAUUCACUGAGUUAGCCGGACUUGUCAAAAGGCAGAUGAAUACGCUUCGCGAAGCUGAACCGAUGACGCCAGCCUUGAUGAUUCCCUUGUCAGAGAAUCCAGAGAAAUUGAAUGCGAUGUUACCACACCUGAUUCAUCGUGAAAACGCCACGAGGAUUGUUCACUACGACGAGGUUUAUCGACGCAACUGGGCUUUAGCAAAUUUGUUUCGUGGAGAACCGGAAUAUCAAUCAUUCGUCGGGCACUUUUUGAAGCAAUGCAAUUCCAUCGCAAAGAAGAACUAUGAGAUGCUUCACAUGCGUUCACAAACGCAGACACCCUCUGGUAUCCAGGAUGACGAUACAUCGCAACUGGAGCGUCAGAGCGCGCUGCGCUAUCUUGCAGAGUCUACUUAUCUACUCAUGAAACAUCACGUGGAAUCAGGUGAUAAUGACGAAGCAAUACGUUUGGCUCACAUACUCCAUGAUGAACUUUCAUUCGAUAAAGAAAUGCUGGUCCCACCGAAUGAUCCAGAUGCACCCUGUGUGAAUGCUCCACGCUUACUGAACAUGUUGUGUGAGACGAUGGCUCGAUGCUAUCUGCAACGAGGAGAUGCGAUCAUUCCUCUAAGGAGGGACGAAGCUGUUGCUACCUUGAUAAAAGCGCUGGACUAUGCGGUGGAAUCUGGAAACCAAAGUAUUGUGGGGACAUGCCUGCUUCGUAUCAGUCGACUGUACGAAGAACAGGAUAAUCCGGAACUUGCCUACAAAUAUGCUGAAGAAUACCAUCAGCUAUCGAAGAAAUUGGAGAAUGACCAUCAGAUAAACGCGUGCAGGCUAAUGGUUGAUAUACAUGAGAAGUUGAAAGAUGCACGGAAGGUCAAACUGUACCUGGGUGAACUGCAACGCAUCACGACCAAAUGUGGUGACCCGCUGCAAAUUGCAGAGGCGGAUGUAUUAUUGACCAGAUUUUACGCUAGACAAUUAGAAGACUAUGAGAAGUCCAAAACAAUGGCAGAGGACGGAUUUCAUCUCGCUAUGCGCACAACUAACCAUGAGUUGGAGAGAAACUUACGCCUCUGGUGUGGAUACAUUAACGGAUGUAGAUUAAAAAGUACGUUUCUGCCUGUGGUACUUUGUGCGGAACCGGACAAAAAGCUCAUGUUCUCACUCCUAAACUGGCGAAUUGCAAGAACUGCUUUGGAUAAACUGACACCCACACAGGAGCGGGAAAUCACACGGUGCACUUUUCACGAACGCGCAGAAACAAUCGACAGACAACGUGCCACCUAAUUUGGCUAGAGCAUACAUUUUCACUACGUUUGCUAACACUCAGCUCUUUUAAUACAGAUUUUACUAUCCGC